CAGCGGAACUCGUAAGCAGUGUGAUUAUUUCUCGCUGGUGUCACGCUGGCUUGGUUUCAGUGGGAAGAGGCGUAUUCAACAACUCACGAAAGGAGUAGAUGGUCUGGUUGUAAGGGAUAUGUACUCCCAUACAAUGUACACCAACUACAGAUCGGUACAGAAGAGCGAGCACUAUGGCAGACCAAGAUGUGUUGAAGACUAACAAUGAAUUUAUCACCAACCUGAAAACUUAGCACAUCAUUCGGAAUUACAUCGGACAUCUGUUGUGUGGAGAUGAAACAGGCCAUAAAAAAACAGCAUCUGAGCAAGUGUAAUAAUAGCGCCCAGACAGACAGUUCCAUUUUCAACCAGUUAGGAUGUCCCGCAAUUCGAAUCUGUUCACUGUAUAAUUCAUGGACUCAUUUCCAGGGACGAGACGAGGGGAUGAUUAACUAAUUGGUAGUCCCGCUAGACGAAGCUGAUGAAUUUUACAAGACAGACAUUAGGGUUGAAUCAUUAUCCCAGUCAGGACCUUGGUACAAUGCUGAUGGGGGCAUCACUGCGUGACAGUUGGCUCCCUGUCGCAGUCGGAUACAUCUGAUAUUGAACGUCUAAUUGGACAAUUGUCUUGGAGACUGGAUGUGCAUGUUUAAAGAGUUUGUUCCGGAUCACACCGCUCGUGCAGGCCAUAGGAUACGAUGAUGAGGUUUAAACACCUGGUAAUUAUCUCACUGACUGCCAAGGACGGGAUCCAUGUGAACUGCAGCACUGGAAAACAUUAUCGUGGCUUGAUGUUAUGGAUACCACCGUGGUGAUAACUCGGGGAAGGACACGUUGAGCGAAACGUUGGUGUCACUAAGUAACUUGGUGUAUGUUGCUGUGAUAGAAUCAUAAAUAUAAAUCAGUUAUACUAACAUGGAAGUGUUUAAAGUUCGCGGUACAUUUACACCUCACCCCAAACUUGUGUCUUUCCAUGCGAUACCGGAUCCCACGAAAAAGUGUAAAAUACAACUAUAUGAUACAAGUGGACAUGUUAAAUUCAUCCCGGAUUUUAAACGAAGAACUGGACAAAGACCGGCAACCACAGAAUCUGACCUGUGGCCCCCAAUGGCGUCACAUAGGAAGAACGAUAAGAAGACAAAGUAUUUGUUGAAAGUGGCGAGACGAAUUCAACUUGGAAUGGACAAUACGAACAGUACAACGACAUCGGAAGAUGCAGCUGCAGUGUCUAAGGAUCCAAGUCAAACCACCAGCUCUUUCCUCGAGGUGCUUCAGAACAAACCGGCCGUCAUUAAACGGAGACGCACAGUUCAUGGUGUGUCAAUAGAACAGAAAGCAAACAUAUUGGAAAUAGAAAUACCAUCUGUAGGUAACCCGUCGACUUGCAGUCAUACAUCAUGUGCGUCAAACCCAAGCGAACAGUCCCGGGACAAAGGAAUAGGUCGCUGUCGAUUGAUCACUGUUACCUCAAGCCAACCAUGUAUCCAGAACGAACCCGGAGUCUUCGAAAAUACCUCGGAAAUAUCCGAUUCCGAUUAUGGUGGGUCGGUGGAUCGAUUAGACGUACAGAAACACAAGUCGAGUGAUAUGUUUCCAACAGUCGAUGAAAAUGUGUCAACAUCGUGCGACAGUCUUCGCACUACCCUCGACGCAUGCCAGGAAAGAGCAGCGCGAGUCACGUGGGACAAAAUGACGGCACGAUUUCGAAGUUUUCGAAGACUGAGGUAUGGAAAGUCGUAUCAUAAUUUGCUUCAGCAGAAUGUCCGUACAACUAAAUUGGAACAGGCGGACGCGGCAACCUCCAGGAAACAGAAAACAUUACGACGAGUCCGUUCAUACGGUGAUGUCAAUGAGAAAUAUGAAUUUCGUACAUUUCGACCACUGUACAAAUUCAGACGAGCUGUUCGGAAGGUUAUUAUCAUGAUCAAGGCUACCGUGUCCAGCAGUCAGACACCGCAGCGGAGUGAACGUCAGGCCAUGUCUUGGACGCAGGUACACGACGACGUUGGUACGUCAAGGCGAGCUUAUGAAAGAUUUGGACUCACAUUUGACCCCAGCGUCUUUCGGGCCAAUAGGGAGGCUCAGCUCAGUACCGAGGCCAAGGCGAUCCUGUCCAUUGACCCUGCGGACAGGACGGAAGAGCAGCUGCAUCUCGCUCUAGCAUCUCUCAAACAGGCUGUAGACGCGUUCGGGGAGUUUCCCAUCAAGAUGCAGCGGUCCCUUGUGAGGGUGGGCUGGUAUGAACAUUUCGAACGAAAGAGAGUAAUUAUUCGACAAGGCCAUGUGGCUGAGAACUUCUACUUCAUCCUCUCUGGUGUCGCGGUGGUGACUAUAUUGGAGACGAACAGACAGACACAGGAACAAUAUGGACACACAGCCGCCAUGCUGAAGAAGGGGAACAGUUUCGGGGAGUUGGCCCUGAUGCAUGGGGCACGGCGCAGCGCGACUGUCACGUGCAAGAACGACGUGGAGCUCCUCGCAGUGGGGAGACAAGACUUCAUCGACAUCUUCAUGAACGUGGAGAAAAACAAAGAACCAGACCACAUCACAUUCCUUCGUUCCAUCGACACCUUGCGUGGAUGGCCUUUGGAGGUUCUCCCCUACAACGACCCGAGGACCUGCAUCUACACCUACUUCAGGCGAGGCGUCCUCCUGUGCAAGGAGAGCAACACAACCGACUGGAUCUACGUCAUCCUCACCGGAUCCUGCCGCGUGCUCAAGUCUCUGUACGCAACCAAACCCACCUUCGAGAAGAACGACUACACCGACAAGAAUAAGAUCAACACAGAUCACGCCAGGUUUGGGAGUGUGUCUCUUCCGCUGUCAGCCCGGGAGACGCCUGAAGAAUGUGUGCCCCGCAGUCUCUUGAAGUCUCGCCACCGCCGGAGGAACGAAAAGAAGACGGGAAGACGACGACAGGCAGUCACAUGCCUACCUGUAAUCACAGCCCGAAGUCAGGAGGAACUGGCACAGUCUGCGGAGGAUCACGUCCGGGAGUUAGAUGAGAUGCUGGACCACGACAGCCUCAUAGACCUGUUUAAUGAGAUCCCACCGAGGAAGAAAACCUCAACCAACAGCGAUUGCCAAGAAAAAGUGUUUGUCCAGAUACAGAAACUGGGCCCUAAAGAGAUUUACGGCCUAGAGCAGGCAGUCUUCAGCAUGAUGGGGACCACCACCAACACAAGCCUCGUUUCCGAUGGCGCCGAGUGUGUCCUUAUAAACCGAAAGUUCUUCCUACAUCACCUGUCUGAGAGCACGGCGAAAAGAAUGCGGAGAAUGAUUCAACCGAUUCCAUCUGAUGACAGUUUACAGCAGAAGCUACAAAACAAGGCCAACUGGGAGGCGUAUAAAGCCUUGACCGUCACGGACUACUUGGUGUACAGGAAACAUCUCCAGGAUUUCCUGAACUUGUAACGUCACCAUGUCUGCUUGUCAACGUCGUAUGUGUACUCGCCAUGCCAGGGUAAUGCCAGAACCUUGCAUUGUUCUUGCCAGAAGCACCCAAGCCUUUCCAAAUCUUCAUCGUUCUUCGACAUCGGACACAUCAUCUCAAUGUCGCAACGACAUUGAGAUGCACUGUGUGCUGCCAUUGACGCAGCAGUCUGUAUCCAAACAGAAGUGGAUCUUUAAACUUCGAGAGGAAGUGGUGGAUGCCGUCACACAAAGUAAACUCUACUACUUAAGAGAUGUCAGAAAACAAACUACUGUAAUGAAGUUUCCUGACAUGUGAAAGAAUCGCCCUUUCUUUUGAGCAGAAUAUAUUGCAGACCCUUGUGCGUCCAAUUACUACUGUAUUAUAUGUGAGGAACAUGCGUCAGUUAUUCGGCUAGAAAUGGACUUUAUAUUACGUAAAAUGUUUCUUAACAAAGUCUCUGAUGCUUUCACGUUUGUAUGGUUUAUUUUGAAAAGUAGCGUCUCACAAGCAUAUACAUAUCAGAUGUUCACGAGAACAGCAUCCCUCUUAUCUGUGUUCCUUACAAACACACUAUUCCAGACUCGCACAAUCUCACACUCCAAGGCCUCUCAGUGACAAACACAUAUCAGAUGUUCACGAGGACGGCAUCCCCCAUAUCUGUGUUCCUUACAAACACACUAUUCCAGACUCGUAUAAUCUCACCCUCACAAGGCCUCUCAGUGACAUACACAUGUCAGAUGUUCACGAGAACGGCAUCCCUCUAAUCUGUGUUCCUUACAAACACACUAUUCCAGACUCGUAUAAUCUCACCCUCACAAGGCCUCUCAGUGACAAACACAUAUCAGAUGUUCACGAGGACGGCAUCCCCCAUAUCUGUGUUCCUUGCAAACACACUAUUCCAGACUCGUAUAAUCUCACUCUCACAAGGCCUCUUGACAAACACAUAUCAGAUGUUCACGAGAACGGCAUCCCUCUAAUCUGUGUUCCUUACAAACACACUAUUCCAGACUCGUAUAAUCUCACCCUCACAAGGCCUCUUGACAAACACGUGGCAUAUUCACGAGAACAUCACCACUAAUCUGCGUUCCUUACAAACACCUUAUUCCACCUUAUUAUCACACUCACAAGGUUUCUUAGAGGCAUACUCAAAUCAGAUGUUGAUAAUAUAUUAAUAAAGCCUUACCUCCAGAACCGCACAACAGUACGAGCUGUGCCGAUUAAGUGGGUCCUGUUUUGUGAACUUGUCCAACUUGCUGUUGUUAUACAAACAUGUGAUAUGCAACUCUGUGUUACGCUGUAUGUUGUGACAGUCAGGCAUGAUAAUUUAUACGUUGUUCCUUUUCCUGCAGAUGGACAUAUGUCGCUUCAUGUACUUCACCGUAAUGUUUUCAUCCUGCUUGAAGUUACCGUCCAGGUUUCUGUGGUUGUGUCUGUGUGGAGGUUAUCAAAUUUUUUAUUCAUUGCAAACUGAAAGGCCAUAGGCCCAUAGUUCAACGUAUUUACAACGUAUGCGUGUUUCUUCUAACUAACAAUGCCUGCUGUAUGUACAAUGCAAUAUUUUGUAAUAAAGUAAUAUUUGAGGUUGACAUGAGUAUGCAAAACAAAGUGAUAUUUGGAUAAGAUGUAAACUUCUUUGGAAUAUACUUGUUUCUUAAUUGAAGAUAGAAUUUACACACAAGCAUUUUCUACAACAUUAAGGUUACAAGAUGUACCAAAAUUAUUAGACUUUUUAAAUAUACCUUUAUAGAUCUUUAUCACAAUAACCUGCUCUGAACUGCGCAAGCGAUACUCGAAGAUUUUUUGUUGUAACAGAUAUUAGAUAUUCUUCCAGUAUAAAUUGUUGUUUAAAGAGAGAAUAGGUAUAUGUAACAUUUGCUAUUUCUUAGUUUUUCUUUCCACAUUUGCUGAAAACAAUCUUUAGCUCUUUGAAGUAAUAAGGACAUAAACAUCUUGACAAACUGAAAAGGGUGAUUUUGAUGUUUGUUGCCCAAUUAUUUUUAUUGCGUGAGUGACUGGCAUUGUGGUGGAGAUAGAACAGCAUGUUAUGGGCUUUUACUGGGAAUCGCGUGGAUGGAAGAGUCGUUAGUUUUAAUAAAUAAUUUAUACAGCGCUUAAGCGAAAAUAUAUUGAUAUCUGCCACAUUCCCUAAGUACAAUAUCAUUUGGGGUGGAGGAUCGAACCCCAAUUACACGUUUACACGCAUAAAGAUGAACUUUUUCUAUACACUCAUAUUUUCUAUGAGCCCAUAUUUCUGAUCCAUAAAGUAAAUAUGGCAUCAUCUUUGUAUCAAAAAUUUGGAAGUAUAAAUUACAGGGCAGAUUAUCAUAUUUUAACAAACUUUGUAGGAUUGACAUCAACACUUUCUUAGCUUUAACAGAUGUAGAUUCUAGAUAUUUAUUCCAACCUAAAGUCCGAGCAAACAAUAUUCCAAGGUUAGUAUAAGAUGCAACUACUUCUAUAUGUGCAUCUUUGUAUAUCAAUUUCUCUAAUUUUGAUAAUUUCCCACCGCUUUUAAAAACAAGAACUUUAGUUUUAUUUAGAUUGACGGACACUGACCACUUGUCACAAUAAUUUUCAAAAUAUUGAUUUGACGUUGAAGAUCAAUACCGAAUCAGAAAAAAGGACAACAUCGUCAGCAAAAAGUAAAAGGAAUAUUUCUUUUAGAUCCGGAUAUAACUGGAUGCCAUUUUUAGAUUUUGAUUAAAUUUCAAGAACAAGCUCAUUUAUGAAGAAAGAGAGCAAGAAUGGGCCUAAUACACAACCCUGACGCACUCCCAAAGGGCAAGCAAACAUACUUGUAAGGUUACAGCCAUUGGUUCGUACAGAAGCUUUAACUGAUUGGUAAAUGGCUUCUAAUCAUUUUUCCAUCUUUGAUGCCCACCCAUGUUUACCAAAGAAGUGCCAGAGUUUUUUUCUUUGAACGGAAAUCAAAUGCCUUAGCGAAAUCAACAAAACAAGCAUAUAAUUUACUUCCCCUUUUUGAGAUAUAUAUUUUGUAAUUCAAGCUUGUAAAUUGAAAACUUUGUCCAUUGUGGAAUAUCCAGCUCUAAAUCCUGCCUGUUCUUCCAAAAUGUUUCCCGUUGCAUCUGAGCAAAACGUUAAUCUGCCAUUAAGAAUCAUGAUAUAUAAUUUUCCAAAACAACUGAGUACAGACAUUCCCCGAUAGUUAUCAACAUUUUCCUUAUCACCCUUUUUAUGCAAUGGAACAAUGAUUGCUUUUGACCAUUCCGAAGGAAAAACACCUUUAUCAUGUAGAGAAUUGAACAAUACAAGACUUAGUAAAUAUGGAACAAGGAUAUUACCUGAACAUUGAAACUUUUCACUGAUUACAUAAUCUGUUCCAGCUGCUUUAUAACAUUUCAACUUACGAAUAUUCUCUUGUAUUUCCUCACUGCUGAUAGGGGCAUUAAAUAUAUCAUUCGUGGCAAAUUUAACCCAAUUAGUACCAGUGAAAGUUAUAGCACAUGCAUAAUUCAGUUACAUACAACUAUAUAUAUUGGCUUCCGAAGCAGAGUGAAAAUAUGAGUCACAGCCAACAUCACUUUUGAGAGUUGUGUCCCUUAGCUAUCAGGAUCCGUAGAUUAAAGGUUGCGUUUUUUCUCACGCUGACCAACUAUAAUCUGUGUUAAUCUAUCACAUCUCAAACAUGCGUUGAAUUAUCGAUAAGUCGGUUAUUUGCUUAUAGAAUUUGGUUUGUUCAAUUAUACAAAAUGUAAGUAGUGAUUAUCUUUUCUUCCAAAAACAAAGUGAGUGAAUCCGUGGAUUUAAUAAUAUGUCGCCGUGACCUUUCGUUUGAAAAUGCAGGGAUGUGUCAUAAAAUUAUCAAUGACUACCAGAAAUCAUCUCAUUUUGUGAUGGAUGUGAUUUAUGUAAAAUAUCAUAUUAAUUUGGUUGUCGCUAGUUUGUGUCUCACUUGUGCUGAAUGUGCGAAUGGUCAUGCGCACUAAUCAAUGUGUGUACAAUAAUUGGUUCGAAUAAAUAUUUUUUGUGUGUU